AUGGAAAAUGAACAAGAAAAAAUCUACCUAUCGAAUCUUCCCCCGGAAAUUCUUCUAAAAAUCGGGCAAUUUGCCACGUGGAAAUCUCGACACGCACUAUCUUUUGUGAACUGGAGACUACACAAUAUUUUCGCGCCAACUCUCAAUUCAGCCCACAGUAUAUCUAUAAAAGGCUGUGAAAAUGUGGAAUUCUAUUUGUUGGAUUUCGAAUUGGACACUGAAACUACAGUAAGACGAGAAUUCAAGUGUUUGGGUGGAAAAAGAACAGAAGUUCGGACAGUUUGGAGUGGUACUGUAGAUCGUGUCGAGACCAUUUCGAGAAUACUGUAUACUUCACCAAGGCCCCAUGUUAUUAAAUUGUUUAGGGAGAUUUUGAAGAAUUUCAAAUUGCAGAGGAUACAUAUCGGAAUUGUGAGUUAGCCUAACUUUUUUGAAAAAAUUUCAAAUUUCAAAAUUCAAAACAGGACACAUUCAUCCCAUUAUUAUCUGAUUAUUGUGGAAAAUCAAUCGAUGAAAUUGGAAUUUCUGACAGUAUUCGAGCUAUGGAGCAAGCAAUUAGAUUACAGCCAAAAAGUUUGACAAUUUUUGGGAGGAGUGAAUUGGUUAGAGAGCAGAGAGUAGAGCAGAUUGAUUUAGAGGUGAGUGGCGGACUAGCUUUGAGUUUCUAGGCCAUCCCAAUUUCAUUCCAGAAACUUCCAAAUCUCCGUAAACUACAUCUCUAUUGCUCUUCAAUUUCGCUCGAUCAAUUUCUUGCCUCAAAAAUCGAUACUCUCGUCACAUCCUCUGACACAAUACAGAUCCUGCCAAGCCACGUGGAACAAAUGUGCAGCGCGUGGAAAACCGGUCGAGCAAACUACAAACACAUUCAGAUGCUCUCCGCAUCCACGUAUUCACCAUUUUCCGCCUACUAUUUCCCGCAACCGGAAAGUCCAAUUUGGCCGGGAGCGGGAUUGGAGAAUUUUUUGGAAAAUGAAGAGGAGGAGGAAUGGAUUCCGGGUCUUUUCAAGGCGAAAUUGAUGAAUUUGAGAGGAGAAAAGGCAAUUGUUACGAAAUGGGAUAAUGAAUUUUGCUUUUUUAGGAUUAAUUAA